AUGUCGCCUGACUGUUCCAUCACAGGUCACCCAAACCUACAUCUUACGCCGGAAGAGAAAAGAGUGUACGCGCAGCUACUCAAAGAGGCGGAUCCUGAUGGCUUCGGUGCUGUCUCUGGAGACGUGGCUGUUAAGUUCUUUGAGCGAACAAAGCUGCCCGCAGAUGUGUUAGGACAAAUAUGGCAGAUUGCCGACGUUGAAAACCGUGGGUUUCUGACACCAGCGGGCUUCGGAGUCGUGCUACGAUUGAUCGGCCAUGCGCAAGCUGGCAGACCACCAUCGGCGCAGCUUGCUACGCAGACCGCGCCGUUACCGCGAUUCGACCCCAUUCAUGCUGAACAAACACCGCAACCACUCCCUCAGCAGACAACUGGACCUCCAGCCAGUCCAUCUCCACCAGGCCCGCCUCCCAUCCGAGUGCCUGCAUUGAGCCCGGACAAGAUUGCUGAGUAUUCGGCGUUGUUUGAAAAGUCGGGCGCCGAGAACGGUCUACUCCCUGGAUUGGUUGCCAAACAGAUAUUUGAAAAAGCAAGAUUGCCAAAUGAGGUUCUUGGGAGGAUAUGGAGUCUAGCUGACACACAGAAUCGUGGAAUCUUGGAUGUGACCGAGUUCGUGAUAGCGAUGCAUCUUCUGGCAUCCUACAAAUCCGGUCAAAUGCGAGGUGUCCCGAGUACACUGCCCCCAGGCCUCUAUGAGGCUGCCAGUCGUCGGCCUCCUCCUAGAGUCGGCAGUGGCUCGCGGCCGAGCUCCAGUGCAAUGGCCCAGCCGUUCGGGAGCUUCAAUGCUCGCCCACAGAGCCCCAUCACCAGGCAGCAAGCCAGCACUCCAUUGUCAGCGCAAUCAACUGGAGAUGGCUGGGCAAUCACCCCGGCUGACAAAGCUCGGUUUGAUGCGAUAUUUGCUACGGUUGAUCGUCAAGGCAAAGGAUAUAUUGAUGGAGAACAAGCGGUCGAGUUUUUCAGCAAUGCCAGACUCCCAGAGGAAAUCCUUGCGCAAAUUUGGGAUCUCGCCGACAUCAACUCGGAUGGACAACUUAGCAAGGAUGAAUUCGCAGUGGCUAUGUAUCUCAUACGCCAGCAGCGAGGUACGAAAGAUGGCCGAGGCAACCUCCCGUCUGCUCUUCCUCCGGCCCUUGUCCCGCCGAGUAUGCGAAGACAAAUCUUACCUCCGUCCCAGCCAACAGCACCAGCAUUCGAAACAGCUCCAGCAGCUACGAAACCUCGAUCGGCUGCUGAGGAUCUUUUCGGACUGGAUGCAUUCGAAGCCACAACGAGUGCGCCUGCGCCUGCUGCCGCACCUGUUCCAGCCCAGAUUCCCCCGCAGGUUGCUCAAUCAACUGGCGGCACUGAUGCCGGCCAUUUCGCAAAUCCUCCAGCCUUUGCAUCCCCUAUCCCCGCGCAAGCAACAUCAAGCACGUUCAAACCCUUUAUCCCCUCCAGUUCUUUUGGUCAGAGCAUCCUCCCCCAGUCGACAGGGUCGCCUGCUCCUAUCCAAGCCAAGUCACCCCCUCCGCCCACUGAUGACUUGCUUGGUGAUGCUGAUCCAGAGAUCAGCUCAAAACUCACCAAGGAAACUAGUGAAUUGGGAAAUUUGUCAAACCAGGUCAGUACCUUGUCAAAGCAAAUGACGGAACUUCAAGGGACCAAAAAGCAAGCGGAGCAAGAACUGUCAAACAGCACCGCCCAGAAACGCGUAUUCGAAGGAAGAUUGGCUCAACUCAGGUCUCUUUACGAGAAGGAGGUCCAAGAAGUCAAAGCUCUCCAAGAACAAUUGACAGCGGUGAAGAAUGAAACCAAGAGACUGCAACAAGACAUGGCUAUAAUCGACGGGGCUCACCAAGACCUCUCGACGCAACACCAACAGCUACGUGUCGCUCUGGAAUCCGAUCAAAAGGAAAAUGCAUCGUUGAAGGAACGAAUUCGUCAAGUGAACCAAGAAAAUGAACAGCUCAAGCCCCAACUUGAAAAGCUUAAGUCCGAUGCAAGACAGCAGAAGGGCCUAGUGGCCAUCAACAAAAAGCAACUUGCUACCAAUGAGGCGGAACGGGAUAGAUUGGAGGCAGAGAUAGCCGCGGCGCAAAAGGAAGUCGAAGAUGCUCAACGAGAGGCCGAAGAGUCGGCACGGCUACUUGAGGCAUCGCAAAGGGAGCUGGAAGAGGCUCGCAACGUGCCCAUUCCUACCGUAAAGAGCCCUCCUGCUGUCACAAGCCCUGCCCCGUCCACCAGUUCGAAUCCCUUCUUCAGGCGAACUACAGAAGCCGCAUCUCCUCCGCCCACUUCCCAGGAAGUCCCUGCGCAGGCCAGCCACACUACUUUCGACAGUAUUUUUGGACCUUCAUUUAUAUCAUCGACGGCCCCUGCGCCUGCAGUUUCGUUUUCCGGACAGGAGUCACCACCAAGCGCUCCAUCAAACGUCCCUCACAUUGAAUCCCCUGUUUCCUCUUCUACUCCAAGGGAAGUUGAAGCUCCUGCGCUGGCAAAAUCAGGGCAAAUCAGUUCUGCAGCUCUCCCCUUUCGAAGACCACUGGAAAGAGGAGAUUCGAUCAGUUCUUCCGUCAGGGUGGCGCCCCCUGCAAGUCGAAUGAGUCCUGCUGAUACCCCACGUGCAUUGACUCCUACGACGGAUGCCUCCAGCCCGACCGGACAAAGAAGCGUCACAGAAGAUCCUUUCACGGCUGCCGCACCGGACGAAGAGCAGGAGUCUGUCCGUCAGACGCUGCCCCAACCAGGUCCAACUCAGGAAAUUGGCGAGGCAACUUUUGGCCAGCCCUCAGCCGGGGAGCCUGGACCACAUGACAUCCCCGGUGGAUUUCCCACGGACUCACGAUCCAAGACCCCAGCCUCAAGUCGUUCUGGGUCGGAAGCUGCCGCCACGCCCAACGGUGGAGAGGGGCAGACUAUCUCCGGAUCUGCACCUCAGUCGAAGACCCCUGAGCAAAAUUUCGACGAUCUCUUUGGAGGUCUGGCUCAUCAAAGAACGGCAUCGCAGCAAGCUGCAGAUUUUGACUCUGCUUUUGCCGGGAUCUCAAACCCACCAGCCACCAACGGUACCGAAGCAGCCGGUAACAAAGAAUUCCCUGACAUCCAGGAGCUUGAUGACGACGAUGAUAGCAGCGAGUCGAGUGACGAGACGCCCAUGAAGUUCGAGGACGACUUCAAUAGCGCGACAUCCCCGCGUGGUGCGCCAGCUGAGACGGACACCACGACUGGAAAACAACCGGAAAUCCCCCCUCCAUCGAAUGAAACACUGUCACCAAGACCUCCCAUGGCAGGGCCGGCCUCUACUGCAACCUCCCUACCAGGUGCUGAUCAGCAGGUGUCGCCUCCGGCCUAUGGUGACUCGGACUCACACGACAAUCGUAAUCAUUUCCCGAGGGAAUAUAAAGGACUCCUGCCAGAGAGGGAAGAUCCUACAGCUUCGCCUCCAACAGCUGGCGGUUCCACCAAUCCACCACCGCCACCAAGCGGAAGUCCUCCUGCCUAUGGCCCACAAGUGCAUGAGAGACCAUCAGAGCCUAAAGCCACCGCGCCACCGCCCACCAAUGCAGGCCCGUUUGAUUUUGACUCUGCGUUCGAGGGCGUUGGGUCUGCUCCGGUCGAAGAUGAUGAUGACGCGGAUGAUGAAGAUGAGGCGGACGUGUUCAACCCAGCCAAGACCACUUUAGACUUUGAUCCUACCUUCGAUUCGCCGGCUCAAUCGCAUGCUUCCAUUGUUCCCCAUCAGUCUACACACGAUUCUGUCACGAACGGCACGACCCAACCUGCCAGCGACGACUUCUUUAGACAUAAUGGAGCGAUAGCAACGAGCACUGGUGGUCCACAGUCUGCCGCCUCGCCUGUCUCCCAUGAUUGGGAUGCCCUCUUUGCGCCGUUGAAUUCGAACACGACUGUGGUAGAGCCCGUGUCUGCACCGGUAGGCCCGACUCCGCCUCCGAAAGAGUCGGGAUCUGCCGCACCCCAGAUCACCGGUCUUGCGCCAAGAUCUGGACGGCCUCAGCCGGGACGCGCUUUGAGCACGGGUACAGAACAUGAUGAUCCUAUUCUGAAGAGAUUGACUGCGAUGGGAUGGUCGCGUGACGAGAGUCUGGCCGCCCUGGAGAAGUUUGACUACAACAUCGACAAGGUAAGCGGUCUCGCAAUGUUUGGUGGAUAA